AUGCACACUGGACAGAGUUUGUUUUCCUGUUCAGAGUGCGGGAAAUCUUUCAUAUUGAGGUCACACCUUGCUAGACAUCAGCGACAUCACACUGGGGAGCGUCUCUACGCCUGCCGAGAGUGCCAGAAAUCCUUCAAACAGAAAUCGGACCUUCUCAAACAUUCGAAAAUCCACACUGGUGAGAGACCUUUUGUGUGUACGGUGUGCGGGAAAAGUUUUACGGCCAAAUAUAUACUCACCGAGCACCAGCGUCUACACACCGGCGAGAUGCCGUUUAAAUGUCCGGAGUGCGGGAAAUGUUUCACUCAGAAAGGGGGCCUCGUUGCACACCUGAAAAUUCACAAGGGUGAGCGUCCCUAUUCGUGUUCAGAGUGCGGGAAGUGCUUCACUGAGAAACAAAGUCUCAUCGAACACCAGAAUAUUCACACGGGUGAGCGUCCUUAUUCAUGCCCUGAAUGCGGGAAAUGUUUCAGGCACAAAGUAAGCCUUCGCAAACACCAGAGAUGUCACACAGGCGAGCGCCCCUAUCUAUGUUCGGAAUGCGGGAAAUGUUUCAUCCAGAAAUAUACACUUCAGUUACACCAGAGAAUUCACACGGGUGAGCGGCCUUUCUCAUGCACAGAGUGCGGGAAAGAUUUCAUUCAGAAAGGAAGCCUUCUUAAGCACCAGAGAAGUCACACCGGUGAGCAUCCUUUUUCCUGUUCGGAGUGUGGGAAACGUUUCACUGCAAAAAGCAACCUUCUUCGACACCAGAGAAUCCACACAGGGGAGCGCCCUUUCUCAUGUUCAGAGUGUGGGAAAUGUUUCAUUCAGCAAGGCGACCUUUUUAAACACCAGAGAGUACAUACAGGUGAGCGUCCGUAUUCAUGUACAGAGUGUGGGAAAUGUUUUAGUCAGCAAGGGAAACUUAUUAGACACCAGAGAAUGCACACGGGGGAACGGCCUUAUUCAUGUUCAGAGUGCGGGAAACGUUUCUGUAGGAAUGAACAUCUCCUUAAACACCAGAAAAUUCACACCGGUGAGCGUCCUUACUCAUGUUUAGAGUGCGGGAAAUCUUUCAUUUGUAAAAAAUACCUUGUUAGACACGAGAGAAUUCACACAGGUGAACGUCCUUUUCUUUGUUCAGAUUGCGGCAAAAGUUUCCUUCAAAAAGAAUCACUUACUAUACACCGGAGAAUUCACACAGGUGAACGUCCUUUCCUUUGUUCAGAUUGCGGCAAAAGUUUCCUUCAAAAAGAAUCACUUAAUGUACAUCGGAGAAUUCACACAGGUGAACGUCCUUAUUCAUGUUCAGAGUGCGGGAAAUCUUUCAACGAAAAGAAGGACCUUCAUAGACAUCAGAGAAUACACACAGGCGAACGCCCUUAUUCAUGUUCAGAGUGUGGGAAAUGUUUCGGCAGGAAUGAACAUCUCCUUAAACACAAGAAAAUUCACACAGGCGAGCGUCCUUACGCGUGUUCAGAGUGCGGGAAAUCAUUUACUCAGAAAGGAGACCUUGUUAAACAUCAGAGAAUUCACACGGGUGAGCGUCCUUAUUCAUGUUCAGAGUGCGGGAAAUGUUUCGCUCAGAAAGGAAGCCUUGUUAAACAUCAGAAAAUUCACACAGGUGAGCGUCCCUAUCCAUGUUCAGAGUGCGGGAAAUGUUUCAUUCAAAAAGGAGACCUUGUUAAACAUCAGAAAAUUCACACGGGUGAGCGUCCUUAUUCAUGUUCAGAGUGCGGGAAAUCUUUCGCUCAUAAAAGAGCCCUUGUUAAACAUCAGAAAAUUCAUACAGAUGAGCAUCCUUAUUCAUGUUCAGAGUGCGGGAAAUCUUUCACUAGGAAAGAACACCUUGUUAGACACCAGAGAGUUCACACAGGUGAGCAUAUUUAUUCAUGUUCAGAGUGUGGAAAAUGUUUCAAUGAGAAAGGACAACUUGCUAUACACCAGAGAACUCACACAGGUGAACGUCCAUUUUCAUGUCCAGACUGCGAGAAAAGUUUCAUUAAGCAAUCAGCCCUGGUUUCCCAUCAAAGAAUUCACACGGGUGACCGUCCCUAUGCAUGUUCAGAGUGCGGGAAAUCUUUCAGUGUAAAGAAUGACCUUCGAAGACAUCAGAGAAUUCACACUGGUGAACGUCCUCAUUUAUGUUCAGAGUGCGGGAAAUGUUUCACGAGCAAAAAAGAACUUACUGAACAUCAGAGAAUUCACACGGGCGAGCGUCCUUUCUCUUGUUCAGAGUGUGGGAAAUCUUUCACUACAAAAGGAUCACUUAUUAAACACACAGAGAAUUCAACGGGUGAGUGUCCUUAUUUAUGUUCAGAGUGCGGGAAAUCUUUCACUACAAAAGGAUCACUUUUUAAACACCAGAGAGUUCACACAGGUGAACGUCCUUAUUCGUGUUCAGAGUGCGGGAAAUCUUUCACUCAGAAAGGAAACCUUACUGAACACCAGAGAAUUCACACCGGUGUUCGCCCUUAUUCAUGUUCAGAGUGUGGGAAAUCUUUCACUACAAAAGGAUCACUUUUUAAACACCAGAAAAUUCAUACAGGUGAGCAUCCUUAUUCAUGUUCAGAGUGCGAGAAAUCUUUCACUCGGAAAGAACACCUUGUUAGACACCAGAGAGUUCACACGGGUGAGCAUAUUUAUUCAUGUUCAGAGUGUGGAAAAUGUUUCAAUGAGAAAGGGCAACUUGUUAUACACCAGAGAACUCACACAGGUGAAUGUCCAUUUUCAUGUCCAGACUGCGAGAAAAGUUUCAUUAAGCAAUCAGCCCUGGUUUCCCAUCAAAGAAUUCACACGAGUGACCGUCCCUAUGCAUGUUCAGAGUGCGGGAAAUCUUUCAGUGUAAAGAAUGACCUUUGUAGACAUCAGAAAAUUCACACUGGUGAACAUCCUCAUUUAUGUUCAGAGUGUGGAAAAUAUUUCAAUCGCAAAAAAGAACUUACUGAGCACCAGAGAAUUCACACCGGUGAGCGGACUUUCCCUUGUUCAGAGUGCGGGAAACGUUUCCUUAAAAAAGUACACCUUACUGAACACCAGAGAAUUCACACAGGCGAGCGUCCUUUCUCUUGUUCAGAGUGCAGGAAAUCUUUCACUACAAAAGGAUCCCUUUUCAAACACCAGAGAGUUCACACAGGUGAGUGUCCUUAUUCUUGUUCAGAGUGCAGAAAAUCUUUCUCUCACAAAAAAGACCUUGAUGAACACAAGAGAAUUCACACAGGUGAGCGUCCUUAUUCGUGUUCAGAGUGCGGGAAAUCUUUCAUCACAAAAGGAUCACUUUUAAAACACCAGAGGCUUCACACAGGUGAGCGUCCUUAUUCGUGUUCAGAGUGCGGGAAAUCGUUCACUCGGAAAGGACACCUUGUUACACACCAGAGAGUUUACAAGGGUAAGCAACUUUAG